AUGCCGCCGCCCGCGGGUGGCGAGGACCCCGAGGCCGACGCGGCGCCCUCCUGCAGCGGCAGCGGCUCCGCCGACGAAGCCGACCCGCACGAGCGGGCGCUCCCCAACGGCGACAUCUACACGGGCCAGUGGCGCGGCGCCGUGCCCCACGGCGCCGGCAAGUACCUCUGGGCGGACGGCUGCAUGUACGAGGGCGAGUGGCGCCGCGGCAAGGCCACCGGCCGCGGCAGGUUCUCCUGGCCCUCGGGCGCCACCUACGAGGGCGAGUUCCUCGACGGCUUCAUGCACGGCGCGGGAACCUACGUUGGCGCCGCGGGAGACACCUACCGCGGCGUCUGGGCCAAGAACCUCGAGCACGGCGCCGGCGAGAAGCGCUACGCCAACGGUGACCGCUACGACGGCGAGUGGCGCGCGGGGCUCCCCGACGGCUGCGGACGCUACGCCUGGCGCGACGGCACCGAGUACGCCGGCGGCUGGCGCGCGGGGCUCAUCCACGGCCGGGGCGCGCUCGUCUGGGCCAAUGGCAACCGCUACGAUGGCGGCUGGGAGGGCGGCCGCCCCCGGGGGCAGGGCACCUUCCGCUGGGCCGACGGCAGCCUCUACGUUGGCUUCUGGGGCCGCGAGGCGCCCGGCGGCGCCGUCCAUCAGAAGGGCGUCUACUACCCGUCCCCGGCGGCGACGGGCGACUCCCCCCGGGCGCGCGACCCGAGGGAGGUGUUCGCACGGGACCUGCCGGAGUGCGUGCGCUCCGGCACCGAGGCCCAAUCAGCGCUCACGUCGCUGAGAUCCCUCAAAUGGCUGAUGCGGUCGGUCAGCGGCCGCGGGAGCUCGUGGUCUGGCCGGAGCAAUGGCUCGGGAGGCAGCCUCGUGCACUUCUGGGGGUCGGAUGGGGAGGUGAAGUGCGAGCUUGGGGACGACUGGAGACGGCGGAGCGUCAGAGAAGGGAGGGGGCUGCCACCACCGUCGCCCGCUCUGGCUCCACACCUCCCCAUCCCCAACGGCGUGCCCCUGCGGCUGUCCAAGAAGCAGGGGAUGACCAUUUCCAGAGGGCACAAGAACUACGAGCUAAUGCUCAACCUGCAGCUCGGGAUCAGGCAUGCAGUAGGAAGGCAAGGUCAAGUUUUAUUAGACCUGAAAUCAUCAGCAUUUGAUCCAAAAGAGAAAGUGUGGACAAAAUUCCCUCCUGAAGGCUCAAAAUAUACCCCUCCACAUAAUUCUUGUGAUUUCAAAUGGAAGGAUUACUGCCCAAAGGUGUUCCGGACACUCCGUAAGCUGUUCAAGGUUGACCCAGCUGACUAUAUGUUGUCCCUCUGUGGAGAUGAUGCUCUUCGUGAGCUCUCAUCCCCUGGCAAGAGUGGAAGCUUCUUUUACUUGACGAAUGAUGAUCGUUACAUGAUAAAAACAAUGAAGAAAGCUGAAGUGAAGAUGCUUCUGAGGAUGCUUCAAGCUUACUACAAUCAUGUCCGUGCAUUUGAGGAUACCUUAGUAACAAAGUUCUUUGGCCUACAUUGUGUGAAGUCUGGAACACACCAGAAGAAGGUUCGUUUUGUGAUAAUGGGAAAUUUGUUCUGCUCUGAUCAUACUAUCCAUAGGCGAUUUGAUCUGAAAGGAUCAUCUCUUGGCCGUAUAACUGACAAGCCACCAGCAGAGAUUGAUGAGUAUACAACUCUGAAAGACCUUGAUCUUAAUUUUAUCUUUCGGUUACAGAAACAUUGGUACCAAGAGUUUCAAAGGCAAGUGGACAAGGACUGUGAGUUCCUCGAGCAGGAGAAGAUUAUGGAUUACAGUCUAUUGGUGGGUGUACAUUUUAGAGGUGCCAUUGACAUUGAUGGUGACAAACCUGCAACACCUCGCGUUUCAAGAUGGGACAGGGAUCAUUUUCGUUCUGAUCCAAAUAGAUGGUCAAAAAUUAAACUUGGAGCAAACAUGCUGUCAAGAGCUGAACUGACAAUCCGAAAGAACGAUAGUGAUGUUUUUGGAGAGCCAACUGGGGAGUACUGUGAUGUUAUCUUGUACUUUGGGAUUAUAGACAUACUCCAAGACUAUGAUAUUGGCAAAAGGCUAGAGCAUGCCUACAAAUCUUUUCAAUACGACUCGACAUCCAUUUCAGCGGUUGAUCCAAAACAGUAUUCCAGGCGCUUCAAAGAUUUCAUAUACAAAGCUUUCCAAGAAGAUAAAGUAGACAGCUGA